AUGCUGCAAAUAUUUGAUCGAGAUCAUUGGUGCUUCAAGCUCGAUCACAAAAUUGCCUCGCAACAAUUCAUCAUUUCUUCCCUCAAAUCCCAACUCGAUCGCCUUGAUUCAAUCUAUCUUAAUCAAAUCCAGCAAUUCAGGCUUUUGAAAAGUGAAGUGGAAAAUCUGGAAGGGUUAGAUAAGGAAAAGGACAAGUAUUAUGCGUUGAAAGCUCGUGAGAUUGACAACUUUAGGGCUCGAACUGAGGUUUUUGCUACUGAAUCCCAAAUGCGUGUGGAUGAAUUGAGGAAUUGUGUGAAUGAGCUCCAAUCGAGUUUCAUCCAACUUCAACACAGCGCUGGGUACUCAAAUAAUCCUGACUUAGCUGCAGCCGAAAUGAGAAAAUCUGAACUUGAAGCUACAAAAGCGUCUUUAGAUAGAAAUUUGGCUUCUAAUUACAACACAAGGGCACAGUUGCAAAAGCAGCUAAAGAGUUUGCUUAUUUCACAAAAAAGAAUGGAGGAAUCUUGAAAGAUAGGAUAUUUUCAAAACAAUGGAUAUAGAAUAGACGAAUAUCAAAACUAACAAACGAUUGUA